AUGGAUCUCCUGCACAGCUGGGGCGUGGGGCUGGCCGUCCGCCUGCAGACCGGCUACAGCGGCUACCAGGGCCUGUUCAGCCUGGCGUCCACCGUGGCCGACCUGCACACCACCUUCUUCUGGUGGUUCCCGGUCUGGUUCCACCUGCGCAGGGACACGGGGCUGCGGCUCAUCUGGGUGGCCGUGAUCGGAGACUGGCUCAACCUGGUCCUCAAAUGGGUGCUGUUCGGACAGAGGCCCUACUGGUGGGUCCACGAGACCCAGUUUUAUGGAGCCGGACCGGCUCCUUCGCUGCAGCAGUUCCCCAUCACAUGUGAGACUGGACCAGGAAGCCCCUCCGGUCACGCCAUGGCGGCGGCGGGCGUCUGGUACGUGAUGGUGACGGCGCUGCUCUCCAUGGCAGCGGAGAGGAAGUACCCGGCCGCCGUGUUCCUGGCCGUGCAGGUGGGCCUGUGGGGUCUCAUGGGCCUGGUGGAGCUGCUGGUCUGCAUGUCCAGGGUCUUCAUGGCCGCUCACUUCCCUCACCAGGUCAUCGCUGGAGCCGUCACAGGCGUGCUGGUCGCCGAGCUGGUCUCCAGGGUCAAGUGGAUCUACGGCGCCAGCCUGGCGAGGUACGUGCUGGUGACGCUCUUCCUGACCGGCUUCGCGGUGGGCUUCUACCUGCUGCUGCGCGCCGUGGGCGUGGACCUGCUGUGGACCAUGGAGAAGGCCCAGCGCUGGUGCGUGAGGGCGGAGUGGGUGCACCUGGACUCCACGCCCUUCGCCAGCCUGCUGAGGAACAUGGGCAGCCUGUUCGGGCUGGGCCUGGGCCUGCACUCGCCGCGGCGCGGCGCCGGGAGCCGCGGCGGCGCCGCCUUCAGGACGGGGUGCGUCGGCGUCUCGCUGCUGCUGCUGCAGCUGCUGGACUCCUGGACCUUCUCCUCAGAGAACCACCUGACUUUUUACCUGCUUUCGUUCGGGAAGAACGCCGUGGCUCUCCUCAUCCCCACCACGCUGGUGCCGGCAGCGCUGGGCCGGCUCUUCCCGGGAAAUAAAAACCAGAAACACUUUUAA